UUUUAUGCAUACAUAAAAAAUUUUAUGUGAUUGUUCGCCUUCUAGUCUAAUUAUAGAGAUUAAUCACGUGACCGAUCUAACCAAUAAUAAUCUAUCCCAGCCACGCUAUGUUACUAACCAAUCGGCUUAAGUUAUAAGACCACGUGAGCCCUUUGGCCAAUCAAUAUUGAUAUUGGCCAUUAUGCGCUCGGAUUUUCUACUUACAACUGCUAAUACAAUAAAUUGAGAUUAUUUUCAAUAUUUACGCGUCUUAACGAUGAAACGUGGGGGAAAACGUAGCAGGACGGCUACAUUGAGCGCCUGUCCCUGCUGCGAUGGGUCUACAGCCACCCCCAAGCCUUCUAAAAGGUCAAAAUCGUCGGCGCCUAAUGAGGAGCCGGCCCCGGUCACAGUUGAAGAGCUCGCCAUUCCCGAUGCACCGAGCAGACGGCUGGUUAGUGCUACCACAUCCAUGGUUCCCUCCCCUGCUGGUCAAAUCCAAAAUCAACACUGCUCAGAGGUUCGGCAGGACACGUCAGCUGUCCAUCAGCCACUUCCCCUUCCACUCCCAUUGGGACGUCCAGGCCUAAAUGCGGAACCGGCCAUGCCUCUAGUGGAUUAUGACAGCGACUCAUCAAGAUCAUCGGAUGAGGACCAUGACCUGACUUUUCAUCAGGCUGUUCGUUCACAUGGGGCGGACCUUCUACAAGAUCGCCAAAUUCAAGGAAAGGGCUCCCCUCAUGGACCAGCUUCCAACAACCAUUCCAGAGUACCUGUUCAUAAUUUGAACCAAACAGUUUACAAUUUAUUAAACAGAUCCCUUGCUCCUUCCACAAAAGCCAGCUAUAAAAAUGCUUUUCUCCAAUACCAACGCUUUCAUUUGGCUCAUUAUCCUACGCUGCAAUGCUUACCCAUUUCAUCUGAACGCUUGGCACAAUUUAUCGCGUACUGUCACAAUCAAAACUUUCGGGCUAACACUAUUUCUACAUACGUUUCCGCUCUUGGUUACAUUCAUAAAUUAUACAAUAUGGUCAACCCCACGGAAUCCUUCGUGAUAAAAAAGUUAUUGUACAGUAUCCGCCGCAUGUCAACUGCGGAUAAACGCCUGCCUUUCACUGUGGCCAACAUCCAAACUUUACUGGCUGCCCUCCAUUCCCACAUACUGGACCAUUACAACCGGGUCCUUUUAAAGGCCAUGUUUCUUACUGCCUUUUUUGGCCUUUUCCGGGUAGGGGAACUUUCCAUUUCCCAAAACGGUCACCAAAAUACCGUGUUGCGCAAGGACCUCACUUUCAUGUACACAAAUGCCAAUGUUUCAUCGGCAGUAAUAAAUGUUCGUAAUUACAAACACUCACAAGGUCAAACUACCGCUGUUCCACUUGCCCUUCAAUCUGACAAACAGCUAUGCCCUGUUCGUGCAUUAGUAAGAUACCUACGGCUAUGCCCUACGCAAACAGGCCCCCUUUUCCAAUUUCGUAAUGGGGAUCCUGUCACCACUGCUUUCUUUAGGUCAAAUCUUCGAACAUGUGUCGUGGCUUCUGAUCUAAAUCCACAAUUUUACACAUCCCACUCUUUUCGCAUCGGAGGUGCUACUCACGCCCAUUCCCAUAAAAUGCCUGCCUCCCAACUCCAACGUUUGGGACGUUGGCGAUCAAACGCAUAUGUUAAGUACAUUCGAUCUACACCAUUACCCCUUUAAUACCCCCAACUUAUCAGACACUGACUGUGUAGGCGGCAGCGUUUGAUUACAUUAUGGAGGGGAACCAUACGUGCUUUGCAUCUCUAGCCAGUUCAUUUUAUUUUCAUCCAAGAAUAUGGACUCUACGUCUUGGAAGUUUCCUUUUUGUUACCUGACAGUUUAAGGCUGCAGGUAUUUAUGUGUUUUUCAAUUUUUUAUUAUUUUUUUUUUUUUUUUUUUUUUUUUUUUUUCCUUAUGUACAUAAUUUAUGUCACAUUUGCUGUAUCAAUUAUAUUUUAUGUUUUUGUAUUGUCUGACGGUUUAAAAACCACAGCCUCAUCGCUUUCCUGCAGGAUUGCUUACAUUUGCAUCUAACAGUUGUUUGGGUCACUGUGCAAACGUAGUAGCACUACGUCUUGCAAGUUUCUCUUGAGUUUACCUGACAGUUUUAGGCUGCACAUAAUUUUUAAUAUUUUCUUUUCUUGUGUACAUAAUUUAUGUUAAAUUUAAUGUAUUAAUUUUCCUUGUUUUGACUGACGGUUAAGGCCGCAGCCUUCCACCGGAGGGCUUACAUUUGCAUCCCUACAUGGUUAUGUCACUGUACAUUUUACCAUAGAUUUAUGUUCACUGUUCAGUUAGGGUUAUACGUAAAUUAUACCCUUUUUACAGUGCCCGUAGUUUUUCGUUUAUGCCAAUGUCUGCUGUAUAGUUUUCUUUAGUUGUCUGACAGUUUAAGGCUGCAGCAACAAAGUUAUAUGUUUCACAUGUUUUACUUAACAUGUUCAGUUUUCCUUUUUUUGUAUUUUGGUUUUCACUUGUUUUGUUUCGUGUUUUAUAUUAUGAUUAAGAUUUGACCGUCAUGUACAGAUCUCAUCAUUUAUCCAUUGUUCACAUCCGUGACAUUUUUGUGUGUUUUUCUAGUCGUACUUUGUCUAUUUUAUUAGCAAUUUACAUUGUGCAAUUGUUAAACCUGCUGGUUAUCUCGCUAGUCUGUGUUCAAUUUUAAUAACCAUCCCUGCAUAAUACUUCAAAAUGGCAAUGUCUACUAUUUACACAUAUUUUAGACUUCACCUUAAAUUAUUUUUGCCCUAGGCAAUCCAUUAUUCUUCAUAAUGCUUUUUUACUAUUAUUUUAUGCAGCUUACAUGCAAUUUUCGAUUUAUUCUCAGUAAGUGUCCAGGCCACACGGCUGUUCACUUAACCAUACAGUCUACAAUUUGUUUUUGACGGUUUAAAGCCACUACAUAUACCUUUAGGGGUAGCUCCCCACUUUCUAUAUGAGGUCCUCUCCCGUACUCCAUGGGCGGCGGGGUUACCUUUCAGGUUCCCCUUGUGGCGGGUUUUUACCGCCCAUUAUGCCAUUCAGUAAAAUUUGUUUUCUGUUCUUUAGUUCUUUUAUGGCAUUUUAAAAUAAAUGCCCUUUUUCAAUCAAUCAUUGUCUUUGUUAUUUCCUUCGUGGCAUACGAGUCCGUCCGGUCUAUGACCUUUUCUUUACCACUAGGACAAUACAUAAAUAAUAUUUUAUGCAUACAUAAAAAAUUUUAUGUGAUUGUUCGCCUUCUAGUCUAAUUAUAGAGAUUAAUCACGUGACCGAUCUAACCAAUAAUAAUCUAUCCCAGCCACGCUAUGUUACUAACCAAUCGGCUUAAGUUAUAAGACCACGUGAGCCCUUUGGCCAAUCAAUAUUGAUAUUGGCCAUUAUGCGCUCGGAUUUUCUACUUACAACUGCUAAUACAAUAAAUUGAGAUUAUUUUCAAUACCCACCGCCACCCCUUCUCCACCUAGAACGGAAUUGUUUGUUUUUUAUGUGAAUUUUUUAUGUAGUAUUUUCUUUUUGUCUCAUAAUACCUUCAAAGUGCCUUUAUGAAAAUGUGUUUUUAUGAUAUGUUCUCUUGCUACAUGUCUUUAUGACAAUGGGUUUUUACGAUAUGUUCGUUUGCUACAUGUCUUUUUAUUACUGUUCUUGUAUAGCUUUAUGGGCGGGUUUUUACCGCCCAUUAUGCCAUUCAGUAAAAUUUGUUUUCUGUUCUUUAGUUCUUUUAUGGCAUUUUAAAAUAAAUGCCCUUUUUCAAUCAA